CACUCACUCUCGCAUUCCAACCAACACAUUUAACGGAAUCCCACCAGGUCUCAAGAGAAAUUAGUACUUCAAACGGAAAUCAAGAUGAGUGACGCCACAGCACAAGAGCACUCAGGUCAAGCAGCCACCCCUGUUCGGGGUAAGAAAGAACUCACGGCCGAAGACAUCUUCGAGCCCCAUAUCUUGGUCAAGACUGACCCCGAGGUUGUUAAGAUCGUGCUCAGGAGUGCGAAUGCUGGUGUACCGCCCACUCAUGCAAUACCAGUGGAGGAACGUCGCGCACAUCCAGAGAAAUAUAGAACGCCGUGGUCACGGAGCACCGAGGGCUGGCCAAGAGUCCAGGAUGAUGAGAUUACAUCUGAGGAUGCUACCAAGUUUCCGAUCAAGGUGUACCAUCCGGACCCAGAAGUCUGGGGUGAGGGACCGUAUGGCGUACAUUUGAAUUUCCACGGUGGUGGCUUCGUCCUCGGUGAUUUAGAGAGUGAGUCCACUAUUUGCGACAGCAUGCGGGAGGGUGCGGGUGUAGUCGUCAUUGAUGUAAACUAUCGUCAUUGUCCGGAGGCAACAUGGGGCAAAGCCAUCGAGGAUGGGUGGGCCGCAAUUCAAUGGGCAAAACUCAACGCAGAAUCACUCAAGAUCAAUCCGCAUUCCAUCUCGAUCGGCGGCAUAUCUGCCGGUGGCCACAUUUCUGUGGUGCUGCAGCACAAGGCCCGAGAUGCAGGUUUGCCUCUGAAGCUCUGCUUGGCAACAGUUCCAGGAACUACAAGUGCCCUGUAUUACAAGUAUUACACAGACUCCCCGCAUGCAUCAUUUCACGAAUUCUUCCGCGGGCCAAUCUUGCCGUGGGCCUCCAUCAAGUACUUUGGCGAGUACUCCUUCCCACAAGACAAGCUUGAGGAGCGGCUGGCUUUGAUCCCAGAUUGGUGGGCGGAUCCGCUGAACAAGGCGAAGAAUUGGAGCGGGCUCUGUGAUGCUUUUAUCAGAACAGCCGAGACUGAUCCACUCAGAGACGAGGGCGAGGCGUACGCUAUGAAGCUCAUCGCUGGUGGAAAUCGUGUCACACUGAAGCGCUAUCUUGGUGUACCGCAUGUCUUCGCGUUUUGGAAUGGCCUCAAACAGAAACACGAAUGGGAGCAAGACUCUAUUGUGGCCCUCAAACAGGCUCAUGCCUUAUAUUUCAUGCAGCAAUAACAAGUCGAAAUCAAGUAUUGUGCCCGUUUGCCUCUUACGAUCAACCUCAAGGAAGAUGCCUUAAUAAGUGGAAAUUGCAAUGGCAAGCUACGAGAACAUUUGCUCCCAUGCUCCACCAAUCUCGUCGAGCCGUGUUGAUAUAAAUCCGUGUCGGUGUGGAGUACGGGUGCUUUUAAGAUCGUUAUACAACAGCAAGUUCACGAAGAGGAGACAGGCCCAUGCGGCUCUAGCAGUUGAAGGAUACGCCCAGGUGUACAAUAUAGUUGACGAUGCUGGCAGGUUGUCUUCGCACUGACAUGUGCACAGGAGUGUCCCCCUCAUUGUUGGCGAUAGUUGUGAAUGUGCCCUGCUGGGAGAACAGCUGGAUGAUGAGACGAUUUUCUGCUUGUGCCAUGGUCAUCAGAGCCGCGUUUACUCCUAAAUCGCGUUACUGAGGAUAGAGUCAAGUAGCC